GGGUGGAAAAUCACUUCCUUCCCCAUAGCCAGCCUCCCCGCCCCCUUCCUCUCCCCCAUUCCUAGCUAGCAGGGAUGUCACAGUUCGAUCAGCUCUGGCUUCUCUCUGAUGGACUGCAUGACUCCUUCUAGCAGGAGCUGUAUGGCAUUGAGUGACUACCAUAAAAUGGGCUGUCUUCACCAAAGACCAAAGGCUAAGCCUUGAAAACAUGAUUUUUGCAGCUUUUCAUGGGGUCCUGAGUGCUCUAUAUUUAUGCUGCCACAGAAAGAACUGGUUACACUCGGAGGAGGAACACGGGGAAGUGUGUCCAAAGGACUGAAAUGAGUUUGCAGCUAAAGGAUCCACAUCAUGAAUAGAUACACAACUAUCAAACAGCUUGGCGAUGGAACAUACGGCUCUGUCCUCCUAGGGAGAAGCAUUGAAUCUGGAGAGCUAAUUGCCAUCAAGAAGAUGAAGAGAAAAUUUUAUUCUUGGGAAGAAUGCAUGAAUCUUCGAGAAGUUAAGUCUUUGAAGAAAUUAAACCAUGCCAAUGUGGUGAAAUUGAAAGAAGUUAUCAGGGAGAAUGAUCAUCUGUAUUUUAUAUUUGAAUACAUGAAGGAAAACCUUUAUCAAUUAAUGAAAGAAAGAAACAAACUCUUCCCUGAAUCAGUGGUUAGGAAUAUUAUGUAUCAGAUCCUGCAAGGGCUUGCAUUUAUCCAUAAACAUGGGUUCUUUCACAGAGACUUGAAACCUGAAAACCUCCUUUGCAUGGGACCAGAACUUGUGAAAAUAGCAGACUUUGGCUUAGCCCGAGAAAUCAGAUCCAGACCGCCUUACACAGACUACGUAUCUACAAGAUGGUAUAGGGCUCCUGAAGUUCUCCUGAGAUCCACCAGCUACAGUUCCCCCAUUGAUAUCUGGGCUGUAGGUUGUAUAAUGGCAGAAGUUUACACACUGAGGCCUCUUUUCCCAGGUGCCAGUGAAAUCGACACUAUAUUCAAGAUUUGCCAAGUGCUUGGAACUCCAAAAAAGAAUGACUGGCCUGAAGGCUAUCAACUUGCAUCUGCCAUGAACUUCCGUUGGCCCCAGUGUGUACCUAACAACUUGAAAACACUAAUUCCUAAUGCAGGCAGUGAGGCGGUUCAGCUUAUGCGAGACAUGCUACAGUGGGACCCCAAAAAACGACCAACAGCUAGUCAGGCACUUCGAUACACAUACUUCCAAGUUGGGCAUGCCUUGGGCACCUCUCACUGCAUUCAGGACCUGGGAAAACAUCAGAAAGAACUCCAUGAUAAACCAGCACAGCACCAUAUUAAACCUGCUCCUCCUGCACAGCCUCCCCCAAAACCCCAAGUCCGUCUUUCAUCCAGAGCAUUGCAGCAAAGCCAGUCUUCCCAGCAACUGGUGUACCCAUAUAAAAUAGAUGCCUCAGUGAGUGAUCAUGUAAGAGAGGACAAAUCUAACCAGGUGCUUCUGCCAGCAAUUCACAAUAAGGUUCCUCAACAGAAAAUUCCAGGUGGGGUAGAGAAUACAAAUGGUGAACUGAAACCAAAGCCUCGGCGAAGAUGGGGUCACAUUACUAGAACAGUGAAAGGGGCUAAAGAUUGGGAUGACUUGGAAGACCUGGAUUUUAACUCUUCCCUCAGCAAAACAGAUUUGAAAAACAAGAAAAGACAGACCAAUGAAGGUCUUUGUAGAUUUGAAAGUAUUUUGGAUCUGAAGCCUUCAGACAGUGUAGGUUCUGGCAGCAGUGCACCUUCCCAUGCUACCUUUCCACGGCAAGACACCCCUACAUUACAUGUUUCUGCAGCCAAACAGCAUUAUUUGAAACACUCUAGGUAUUUACCUGGAAUAAGCACAAGGAAUAGCAUCAUCUCCAAUUCAAGCAAAGAUUCCAUUUCAUCUAAUCCUUGGCCCAGUUCUGGUUUGCCUGGGAAAGUAUCAGGUGUGGUAGGAGGUGUCAACAGGAUGAGUUCAGGGCCCACAGUUUCAAAUGGCCUGACUGGCGGUUAUAUCCCUUCGUUUCUGAAAAAGGAAGUAGGCUCUGCUGGGCAGAGGGUUCAGUUAGCUCCACUUACGGAUCCACCCUCAAAUUACGCUGGCCUAAAGACUGUCAGAUCUCAUAUUGGGCGACCAUCGUACAGUACACCUUCAAAAAGCACCCCAGGGCUAAUGCCACUCCCCCCGUCAGCUCAACCAAUCCAUGGGCGGAUUGACUGGUCUUCAAAGUAUGGAGCUCACCGGUGACUUGCAGAAAGCACUUUCUGUUGCAUUAACAUGCACUUCUUCUGAAAUGGUGACUAGUGUUAGACAAUUUGCCAUGACUGAAGAUCUCUUAUCUUCUAUGAGCAAGACAUUUCAAGACUUUUUUUUAUUAAUUAAUUUCAAUGCAAUCUUGUACCUUUUUGUAUAAAAAUGUUUUAUUAUGUGAUUUAGGUCCAAUUAUUUUCUUAAAUUCUAUACAUUUUGUAUAUGUGGCUUGGGGUUUGGGGGCAUUUUAUACAGUAAGCUUUUUAACGAACUUUUUUAAAAUUGAAAUUUUUCCUUUAGCAGGUCCAAACAUUUUAUACAAGCAAAUAAUUUUAGCAACCUGGUGCAGUAUUGUGACAAACGUGCAGUGGCAAGAAGGGGGCAUUCACUGAAUCUUGUGUUGUGAACAUGUUUAAGCUCUGAAUGUUGUGUAUUAGACAAAGGGUCAGUGAAGCUUCAUUAUCUCAACCUUGUUAUAGACCCAUCCUGUAGCAUCUAGAUACUAGUGUUUUCCUCUCACUUGCUUUGCGCUGACAUCAGAUCAGUGACCAAGGGCCUAACCUUGUUCUAUUUUGAAGGCAAAGGGUCCUAGAUAAGUAGAAAGUUUAAUUAUAUUGUAGCUUUCUCAGGCUUUUGUUCACACACUUUUCUCUGGACUCUGUGCUUCUCAGCCUUUUUGUCUCAGUUUUGUAGUUCUUGGUCCAAUCCUGCAGUG